CGCACCGGAAAUAACAACAAAGGAAAAUAAUUCUUCUUCGUUGGUAGUAAAGGAAACCUCCAGCAAUAUGUGUUUAAAAAGUCAUCGAGGCUCUUGAGGAAUUACGGAAACACACUGGAGCGCUUCAUUAAAGAGGAGGUCUGUGUGAAAAGUGAAAUUGCUUUUAUUAUAGCGUGGCGUUUGAACGCAGAAGAGCAAUUGUUGGUUUCUCGCUCUACCCUCUCUGUGCCCCUGGCGGAGGAAGGCUGGAUUCAGGAGGAAAAAGCAACCCCUAUGUCGCAACUCUGCGCAUGCAAAAAGUCACCGGGAUACAGCAACCAUCCUUACACACAUGAGUGCUUUUUUCUCCCCGAGCUGGGCCGCGCGCCAUGCCUGAUCGGGACGGCUCCUACCUGUCAGGCGGUAGUGGAAGUGGUGGUAAUCUGAGCGAGGAAGGAGGAGCGGGAUCUGGUUGCACUGCAGAGGGCAGAGGAGGUUCUGGAGGGGGCGCCGGUGGCAACCUGUCUGGCUCUGGAAGCAUGGGGGGAGGCGGGGCACUCGGCAACGGUUGCGUAAACGGGUGUGGCGGGGUCCAAGGCGCUGGGCCGCCGCUUGACGGCGUCUGCAGGGAUUUUAUUCGCAAUGUCUGCAAGAGAGGGAAGCGUUGUCGCUUCAAGCAUCCCGACUUUAACGAAGUACCCGACUUGGGAGUGCAAAAGAACGAGUUCAUCUUCUGCCAUGAUCAUCAGAAUAAAGAGUGCUUGCGCUCCAACUGUCGCUUCGUGCAUGGAUCCAAAGAGGAUGAGGACUACUAUAAGAAAACCGGUGAGUUGCCCCUCAGACUGAGAGGAAAAGUUGCAGCACGGCUUGGCCUCUCGCCUAUGGAUCUUCCUCAUAGCAGAGGGGAGGUCCCAAUCUGCAGAGACUACCUGAAGGGGGAAUGCCAGCGAGGAAAUAAAUGUAAAUUUCGCCACGUCCAAAAAGACUAUGAAUAUGAACCUUCCAGAGUUGGCGGGGCUGGUGGGAUUGGACCUAGUACUGGUGGAAUGGUGAAUGCUGGUAGUGCUAUUGGUGGCGGAGUAGUAGGAACAUGUGGGGGGAUUCCAGGACUUGUUGGAGCAGGAGUUGGAAAUAACAUGAUUGGGAUGAGUUGUCCUAGUAUGGGCGGGUGCAGAGAUCCGAGCCUCUCAGGAGUGGGAAGUGUCGGCGCGGGGGCAAUGAGCGGCUGCCUGUCAAUAGGCCCUUCAGGACAGAGACGGUACGACAGGAACUCCCUGACAGUGUACGACCCCUUACUCGAGAGCGGGCUGUUUGAUCCCGGCUCCCUGGAGGGCUCGCUGGACCACGCCGCUUUCCAGAUAAAGAGACGGAGGUUGGAGGGGCUGCGUCUGGCCGACGGGAGCAUAGGUGGCCACUAUGAGCUUGGUGUCCAGGCCGCCUUGCCCACACGCCCUCUGGAGUACAGUUUCCUGGUGGAGGAAAACAGUCUGCUGAGGAAAAGAGUGGAAGAGUUAAAGAAACAGGUUUCGAACCUUGCUGCCACGAAUGAGGUUCUCCUGGAGCAGAACGCUCAGUUCCGCAGUCAGACCAAGGUGAUGACGCUGUCCUCCACGCCCGCCCCCACCGAGCAGACUAUGGCAGCUCCCGUGGGCGGGGUCAGCUCCUACAAUCACAGCAUCGCCCAGACUCACACCACCCUGAGCAGCACCGGGCUGCAGCCUCGGCCAGUCACACAGCAGGACCUGGUGGCGCCCACCGGCGCUCCUGCAGCACCUCCUACUAACGCUGCUCCCCCCACCGCACCUCCCCCUCACCUCAACCCAGAAAUCACGCCCCUCUCGGCCGCUUUGGUGCAGACUAUUGCCCAGGGGAUGGCGCCUCCCGUUUCUAUGGCGCCUGUGACAGUGUCCGUGGCGCCGGUGGCUGUGUCGAUGACACAGCCUAUGCCGGGCAUCACAAUGAGUCAUGCCACCACACAGAUGGUGUCGUACCCCAUCGCCAGUCAGAGCAUGAGGAUCACAACUCUGCCUCAUUAAUUGUUCCUCAGAAGCUUAGGAACUGUAACGGUCUCCUUCUGAACUGUAUUAAGGCGUAUUUUGGGCCACACUUUUAUUUUUACAGUAAUAUGAGAAGUAGUAAAAUUGACUUUUUUUUUGUUUGAAUCAUCCCACCAGAACGAUUUUUUACCUUCUUUUCCUCUUAUUUUCUUGUAAUAAUAAUUGUCAUAAGACGAUAACUUUUUUCUCCGUAAAUUGCAAACCUUAGUUUAAUGGAGAUGUGUAGAUCUAUUGGGUAAUGAUCUGUAUUGGCCGAUAUUUUUUGUGGAAAAAGUUAGUGAUCAGCCAUUGCCGAUUAAUGCCUUUUAAUGCCCAUCCCCUCUGGCUGACUUGCGGACUUAUUUAAUAGCACGUCAUUGCUGUUAUAAGACACGUUUUUUCUUGUGAAGUGACUUUCUUUCAGUUAUAUUGAUUUCCCCAUCAUAAUUUUACUAAAUAUCUACUUUCUUUCCCCCCACCAAAGUGUGGCCCUCAUACCUACUGUGAUUGAAUCAGUUAGCCUAGCAGAUUAAACCUAUGUUAUACCACCAGAGGGCAGCAGAGACUUCUGUUCCUUUAAAGCUGCUCUGAAUCACCUUUGAACUUUGCUUCAAGUUUGUGAAAGAGACAAAAGUGUUGGGACUUGCACUGUUCUUCCUUGGAAGUUAAAACAAAAACCACAGGAGACAUUUUUGUGACUUAACUUUGUUACUUUGCACAUUUCAGCAGCCAUUCAGUGAUGUGUUGUUUGCCUUUGUUGCCUCACACAAAAUAAAUACUGUAGUGUGUUCA